AAUCAGAUAUAAACUCCUUCGCGUCUUCGAAAGCGUCUCUGUUUUGCCAGCUCUCGGCUUCAGUGCUGAUUUGUUUAAGUUGUUAAAAAAAUAAAAACAGAUAAAAAGAACAUGGCAGGAAAGGAGAAACUGGAUUUGGUCCAUCAAAACGCAAUUCAUGUUGAAACGAUCCUGAAAGAGCAAAGACAACAGAAACUCCACACGGAGUUCAGCAUCAACCCACACCGGAAAUUACAUGUCCUGCCAGACAAACCCAUGUCUAGGAAACCAAAAGAAGAUGUUGCAGGGAGCUCGGACUUCAUCAAGGCCUUCCACAGGGCCCGCCAGGAACCCACCAAGAAAUAUGCAUUUCCACAGACUGAGAGUCAGGAAAUAGGAUGGGUGUCAACUCCACUGGUGAGGAAAACUAUUCAUGAGAAUAGCCAAAGAGCAGGAAAUCAGGGGGGCACUAUCCCAUCAAACCGCAGUGACAAGAGAUUCAAUUUCUUCCGAUUCAGCUCGGACGUCACAAAACACCAAGAAUCUGCCCUGCGUUUAUCACAUUAGACCAAAAUAAAUAAUGAUAAU